AAUUUCAAGUCAUGUUUGCUGUGCCAAAUAUCAACAUUGUAAUCAAUUUAAUUACGAAUUUUGGCUAAAAUUAAAAUUGACCAAGUAUGUGUUAGUAUUGUGCUAUAACACCAACAACCAACAAUGGAACCGCGAUCUGUCGGGCAGCUGGCUGAAAAAGCUACUCUGGAAGAUUUUUGCCGUCUAUGUUUGCUGCGGAAGAAACAUCUCGUUCCGUUGACUAGCGACUUGAAUGGUGUCAUGAUACCGGAAAUGCUCUGGAAGGUAUCCGGUACGCUGAUCAACGCACACGAGAACCUGCCGCCGGUUAUCUGUGAACGGUGCCUGACGAAGUUAGAUCUUGCCUACAACGUAGGUCUGGAGUUUCGCAAGCAAGAGGAACGAUUGCGAAGUUUUUGCUGGAAAGGUGCACUGAUAGAUGAGCUCGAAAAGUUUCAAGGCACCGAGGAAGCUGCGAAAGAGAAUUAUUCGGAAACAGUUAUACGAAAGUUAGUUCCGGAGCCGAUUGUUCUUGAAACUAGGGAAGAGCCGGUUAAGUCGCUGGAAGUAAAUGAAUUAGCUGAGCUGGAGCAGUUUGACGAUAUUAUCGAGCAGGAUGGUUUCAUAUCUGGCAAUCGUCCGAACUCAUCUCUGGAUAUAAUUGUGGAAGAAAUUACCGAAGGAGGGGACUCGUUGGCGGAAGGUUCGAGUGAAUCGUUGAUUGUUCAGGAGGAUGUGACGCCGGUGAAAACGGAAAUAGUUUUGCCUGAUGACGAUUUGCUGGACACCGAAGAUGGGCCUGACUAUGAAUUAUUGCCCUUUGCGGUGGACCAGCUGAAACAGGAAGAGUGGAUCGAAUCCAGCAACGAGGCUACAUCUAUUCAGAGCAGUUUGCACAUCACCGAUCCUGAUGAUCUGAUUUGUUUCUCCGGCGAAAGUUCGAGCGAUUUUUUCGAUUUCGAACAAGUGAUUGUUGAUGAAAGCAAGCAGGUGGACAAGAAGGAAGCGAAACGGGUUGUCAAGAGUGUGACCAAUGAAAAUGGCGAAUAUGUCUGCGGUGUAUGCUCGAAAACUUUUGCCGUACAAAAAACGUUCCUUAACCAUGUGAAGCGGCAUGAACAUGUGAAUAAAGGGUCUUUUAAGUGUGAAAUAUGUCAUAAAGCAUUCGGCACAAAGGAACGAUUAGCUCGGCACAAUAUAGUUCACCAGCAAAAUUUGCGCUGUGAGUUGUGCGGCCAUGAAUGUCGGAAUGGUUUUGAAAUGCGAGCUCAUCGAAUAGUUCACCGCAAAGGUAAACAUAGAUGUGGAUUAUGCGGUCUCGCUUGUGAAAGUGCGCAGCAGCUUCAAAGUCACGUAGAUUCCGGUACCUGCCCGAGAAAUUUGCUGUCAAAAAAAUCUACUGGCAGGCCUUCAGCGGCGAAAGCGGCACUAUUGAAGAGUAAUGUUUGCCCCUUUGAAGGUUGUGACUAUACAGCCGACACCUACGGAGCAAUGUACGUUCACAAGCGUGCGAAGCAUCUUCAGCAGUUUCAAUGUACGACAUGCGCGAAAAAAUUUGCUUUUGCUAAUCAGCUUCGUGUGCACGAAAAAAUACACACCGGCGAGAUGCCGUUCGAGUGCAAAAAGUGCCCGAAACGUUUCCGCCGGAUGUUCAGCUAUAAGGAACAUAUGGCCACCCAUGAGGGUGCCGAUACGUACAGUUGCGGCAAAUGCGGGAAAACCUUCUCAAGGCCGCGAUACCUUGCGGCACAUAUGUCAACACAUUCCAAUACGCGACAGUUCACAUGUUCCCUGUGUGGAAAUCUGUACAAAACCAAAGGUGAACUGAAUAAGCACGUCCGGGGUAAGCACCUGAUGCUAGAGUAUGGCAAUGAAAACGAUAUAAUAGAGGAGAAUUAUGACUACUUCGAAGAUGAACUUUAUAUGUGAGCAGAUGGGAAGUUUAUUCACGCGUCCGGUCAAUAAAGAGGAUAAGUAUCGUUGGCAACUUCUUCUGUGAUUAGUAAAUUACUUCGAAUCAUAAUCCGUAUCACAUGCUGUUCAUUUAGUUUUGUUUGAUUACUACCAUAUUCGUUUUGUGUCGGGAUCGUAACAGAAGCUUGCAUAAGUAUACUUUAUUGCUUAAUAAAACCA